AUGCAGAACGGCGGCCUGGACUCGCUCCAGAACCAUCAGUAUCCGAUUCAACCACUCUCACAAGCUGUGCCCCUUUCAAACGGCCACUUUGAGAGGGCUGCCGCUCAAGUAAAGAAUCGACAACACCCUUAUGGAGUUCACCCACGCAGCUCGAGCACUUCAGGGCCCAUUAGGAGACGAAUCAGUCGAGCCUGCGAUCAGUGUAACCAGUUACGAACAAAAUGUGAUGGCCAGCACCCCUGCGCGCACUGUAUUGAAUUCGGCCUGGGGUGCGAGUACAUUCGCGAAAGGAAAAAGAGAGGAAAGGCGUCACGGAAAGAACUAGCCCAACAGGCUGCGGCUCAGGCUGCGGCAGGUGGCACAGGCCAGAACAUGGACGAUUCUCUAUCAGAGAACGGCCAGACUAGCAGCAAAGGCCUCGAAUCUUCGAAUAUGGGACUAGAGCAACAAUCGAAUGAACGACAUCCGAGUACGAGCAGCAAAUCGAGUCGAGAUCCAGGCGACGAUGUGAUGCGACAUACCCAAGGCCUCGAGGGUCUCGAUCAUCUUGGCAACAUAAGCGAACAACCCCAUCUUGGCCGGUCUUCCUUGGAUGGCGAACACAUGGAAAACAACGGAGGUCUCGAUCUGAACGGCUUCAAUAGUAUGCCGCAUGCGUACGACUCGCAGGGCUUGGAUGGUCCUGUCCUGAACGGUCAAUCAUACGCUCCCAACGGGCGAGGUAACAUGCCUGGCUACGCCGAAUUCCCAUAUACGAUGCAGGCUCAAAGUCCGCCCAACUUCAACAACAACUCUGCUUUCCGUAUGGGAAACAGCCCACUAGGAUACGCUAUGGGCAAGGGAACAUCUCCUGGGUGGGGCAUCUCCAUGACUUCACCACCAGGCCAAUAUCAAACACAGGCCCCUCCCCCCAACUUCAACAACUCGAAACUGCGAUAUCCCGUCCUUGAGCCCAUAAUCCCAUACCUCAACAACAUAAUUCCUAUCCCUCUAGCUUGCGACUUGGUCGAUCUCUACUUUGCGUCUUCCUCCUCGGCGCAAAUGCACCCAAUGUCACCCUAUGUCUUGGGCUUUGUCCUUCGAAAACGAUACUUCCUCGACCAGACAAGGCCAAGACCAUGCCAACCAGCCCUCUUGGCAAGCAUGCUGUGGGUUGCUGCACAGACAAGCGACGCCCCUUUCCUCGCCAGUACACCUUCAGCGCGUGCCAAGACGUGCCAAAAGCUAUUGGAGCUCACAGUCUACCUCCUACGACCUCUCAUCCACACAGCCCCAAGUGAUGCGCCCAGCCCUGUUGCUGAUGGUGUUGCUCUUGGCGGUCUCGGUGUGGCCAUGCCUGGAUCAAUUAGCAUGGAAGCCACGAGUGGCGAAUCGGGCCCUUUCGGUGCAGCCGGAAGCCUCGACGAUGUGAUUACAUACAUUCAUUUGGCGGUUGUUGUUUCUGCUAGCGAAUACAAGGGAGCGAGAUGCUGA